GUUUUUACUUUUUAAACAAAAAUGAGUUUGACAGUUGAUACAAAGAAUAUCCCUGUUGGUUUGUUAGCUAUUAUUGCUAGCAACAAGUUAAACAUUACCGUUCAAGGUGGUGCCGAAACCGUCUUUAAAACCGACAACGUUCAAUUCAACAAUAGCAAUGCCGCUCGUUACAUUAUUCGUGCCAACCAACUUUUGGAUGAAAGCAGCGCUGAGAACCAAGCUAUCGCUCAUAUCAUUGACUUGGCCCUUGCUGGUAAUGCCGAAGCUUUGAAGGCUCGUAUUGCUGCCAAGACCACCACUUUCUUGACCGGCGCCGAACCCACUGUUGCCGACUUUAUUGCUUGGUGUGUUUUGAGAAGCGAAGGUUCUUGUGAAUACAUCAAGGCCGUUGAAGCUACCGCUCCUGCUCAGGAAGCCUUAAAGAUGGCUGAACAACUUUCCGCCACCACCACCACCACCACCACCAACAGUAACGAAAUUCCUGAUGUUCCCGGUUCCGGUUCCGACCCCAAGACCAACCCUAUUGAUGCCUUCAAGAACUUUAUUGCUGUCCAAAUUGCUGACAUUGGUAAGAUUGAUCCCGUUGCUGUGUACAAUGCUUUGGAUAACCCCCGUGCUGUCGAGAACGGUGAUUUAGCUAUUGCUUUACCCCGUCUUCGUGUCAAGGGUAACCCCGCUGCCAUUGCUAAAGAAUGGGCUGCCGCUUUCGUCCCCAACGAGUAUAUUAUUGAAGCUUCUGCUGCUGGUCCCUUCUUGAACUUCCGUUUCAACAAGACCCUUUUAAUGAAGAAGACUUUGAACAUGGUCUCUGCUACUGCUGAACAUUACGGUGAGAACACUUCCGGUGCCGGUAAGACUGUCAUUGUUGAGUUCUCUUCUCCCAACAUUGCUAAGCCUUUCCAUGCUGGUCAUCUUCGUUCCACUAUUAUUGGUGCUUUCGUCAACAACAUUUACAGCGCUAAUGGUUGGAAGACAAUUACCAUGAACUAUUUGGGUGAUUGGGGCAAGCAAUACGGUCUUUUGGCUAUUGGUUUCGCUAGAUAUGGUUCUGAGGAAAAGCUUUUAGCUGAUCCUAUCAAGCAUUUGUACGAUGUCUAUGUUCAAAUCAACCGUGAUGGUGAAGCUGAUCCUACUAUUCAUGAUGAAGCUCGUUCUUAUUUCAAGGCUAUGGAGGAUGGAGAUGAGGCUGCUCUUUCAUUAUGGCGUCGUUUCAGAGAUUUAUCCAUUGUCAAGUAUAGAGAUAUUUAUGCUCGUCUUAAUAUUCAUUUCGAUGUCUAUUCUGGUGAAUCUCAAGUGGGUGAAAGUAUGGCUGCUGCCAUGAAGUUGCUUCACGAAUGUAAGUUAUUGGAAGAGUCAGAAGGAGCUUUAAUUAUCGAUAUGGAAAAGCACAAGCUCGGUAAGACCGUUGUCCAAAAGAAGGAUGGUACUACACUUUACCUCACCAGAGAUAUUGGUGCUGCUAUGGAGCGUUAUGAAAAGUACAAGUUCGACAAGAUGAUUUACGUUGUUGCAUCUCAACAAGAUCUUCAUUUGAAGCAACUUUUCAAGACCUUGGAGAUGAUGAAGUUUGAGUGGGCCAAUAAGCUUGAACAUGUUAACUUUGGUAUGGUUUUGGGUAUGUCUACUCGUAAGGGUACUGUUGUUUUCCUCGAGGAUAUUUUGGAAGAAGCCAAGGAGACCAUGCACGAAGUGAUGCGUAAGAACGAAAAGAAGUAUGCCGAAGUUGCGGAUCCUGAGCAAGUCGCUGAUGAGAUUGGUAUCUCUGCCGUCAAGAUUCAAGAUAACUCUGCUCGUCGUAUCAAGAACUACGAUUUCGAUAUGACCCGUAUGUGUACAUUUGAAGGUGAUACCGGACCUUAUAUCCAAUAUGCUCAUGCUCGUCUUGCUUCUGUUGAACGUAAGAGUGGUAAUGUCAUCAACCACAAUGCUGAUUUAAGCUUGUUGACCGAGCCUCAAGCCAUUGAUGUUGUUCGUACCAUUUCUCAAUACCCCGAUUUAAUCAAGAGUUUGCUUCAAGGUUAUGAGCCUUGUAACGUUGUCACUUAUGCCUUCAAGUUGUCUCACGAUAUCUCUGCUUGUUUCGAAAACCUUUGGGUUAGAGGUGCUGACCCCGCUGUUGCUGAAGCCCGUUUGCUCAUGUACUGGUCUGCUCGUAUUACUCUUGGCAAUGCCAUGCGUAUGUUGGGUUUGAGACCUUUGGAGCGUAUGUAAAUUUAAAAAUGUCAUAAAUAGUUGUCUUUGUAUUAUUCCAUUUUUUUUUUUUUU